AUGCUGUCAAAUAUUUGUACAGAAAAAAAAGAAGCUGUUGAAGGGCUAUUAGAAAGAAAAGUUUAUGAGAAAUUAUUGAAGGUAUUAAAAGAAGAUAGUGAAGAUGUUAAAAAGGAAGCUAUAUGGGCAAUCGGAAAUACAGCUACAGUUUGUGAUGUAGAGCAAGCUAGAAGGGUCGCCCAAAUAGGGUUGAUUGGAGAAAUGAUAAGUUUGCUAGAUAAAAUGAAAGCGUCACAGAAAGUUGCACUUGAAGGGCUGACUGAAUAUUUUGAAAAAGAUAAAAAUAUUGUGGGGAGUGAGGAAAGAAGUAGGCUGAUUGGGAUGUUGGAUAGAAUGAUUGAGGAAGGUGAAAAUUCUGCAAAGGCAGUGAGCUUGAGGUUAAUGCUGAUUGAUAUCAAUAAUAGUGAGGGGAAUAAUUAA